AACAGUGACGGCCGACCGAAAAGCCAUGGCGACAUGUGCCUUCCUAACUCUUGGUUUCCUUUGUAUAACAUUAACUAUUGUCAAUGGCGUACAAUCACAGGUGGAGCCACCUGGACACCAAGUCCCCGUCAAUACGAGUGACCCAAAAUUGCACGCGUCGGUGGAUGUAGUUGUUGACAUCAUAAAUCGAGAUCGAGGGUUUUCCGAUAAAAUACCAAGACAAAUUUGCCAGACCAUAGAAAACGGGACGGUGCAGGUCGUCGAUGGAUGGAUGUUUAGACUUCGCUUGAUAAUUGCCGAUUCUGUAUGCUCGAACACAGAGGCAAAUGAAAACAAAACGUCAAAUGAGUGUGCGGUACUAUCGCCGGGGACGAGAAAGCGAUGCCAAACUGCCGUCAUUUACAAUACUUGGGAAGAUCCAGGCAUAGACGUUCUGUCGUAUGACUGUGUCGAUAUACAGCCUACGCCGCCUGGCGAGGAAAUGCCAAUAAACAAGAGUGACCCUGGUGUUGCAAUAUCUGUCCAUGAUGUUGUCAAUACCCUGAACAGAAGACGGGGAUAUGCCGACAUAAUAACAAGAGUUUCAUUCGGCGAGUUAUCUGACGGCACAGUCCAGAUUACCGAUGGAAAUAUAUACCGUCUCCAGUUUACAGUCGGGGAUUCCGUCUGUAACAAUAGUAUAAACAAUUGGAACGCCUCAUCCUCAGAUUGUCCGCUACUUCACCCUGACAUGAAGCAACGGAAUUGCAACGCAACAGUGUUAUAUAAACACUGGUAUCAGCCGAUGUGCAAUGUAACGGAUUAUAACUGCGAGCCUCCUCCUCCGGGGGAUCAAAGACCUAUCCCAAAUAAAAACAGUACUGACGUCAUACGAUCAGCAGAAGCUGCUAUAUCUAUCAUCAACUAUGACCGAGGCUACUCGAACGACACCUUCCGACGGAUUCUGGAUGAAUUAGAAGGCGGAACAGUGCAGAUAACUGAUGGUGACAUAUUUAGACUGAUAUUCACCAUCGCUGACUCAAACUGCAAAAACAUAGAACCGAAUUUCAAUGCUACUUCGGCUCAGUGUCCGAUACCACCAGGCCGAAUGCCCGUACAGAGAUGUGAAGCAGAAGUAUUGGACAGGAACUGGCUGCCUAAUCAGUGGUUCAUACAGCAAUAUAAAUGCUCGAACAUACCGCCUCCGCCAUUGCCGCCUCCGUCAUCGGUCAGGCCGAUUAAUCCAAAUGACCCUGGUGUCGCUGCGUCUGUCAAUGCAGUGGUCAACAAGAUAAACGAGGUCAGGGGAUACGCAGACAUUAUCACCAGGGAGUCACUAGGAGAGGUCGUCAAUGGUACAGUCGAGGACCUGGUAGACGAGGGUCAAAUUUAUCAACUCCUCUUUACUAUCGGCAAUUCAUACUGUAACAACAGUAUAUACAACGCUAACGCCACUUCAAAGGACUGUCCUCUCAUACGUACUGACCACGGGCUACACACCUGUAAUACAUCUGUCAUCUAUAUAAAGAAGGAAACAACGACGACCAUUGCUAUCAUAUCCUACCACUGUGAGGCGCCACCUGGUGAUGAACGGCCGAUUAAUAAAAGUAAUCCUGCUGUUGCCGAAGCGGCUGACGAAGCUGUGAACGUGAUCAACUGGGACCGGGGUUAUUCUGAAAACAUCCGUCGUCUUACACUUUAUGAAGUCGAGGCUGGCACAGUCCAGGUCGUGAGCGGCGAGAUGUUCAAAUUAAUAUUCACGCUCUCAAACUCCGUUUGUAAAAACACUGAAGACAAUGCUAACGCAACAGAGAAAGAAUGUCCCGUAGAACAGGGAUUGCAAGGACUUCCGGUACAACGUUGCGAAUCGCAGAUAUUUUACAAGCACUGGCUGCCCGAUCACAGAGCGGAUGUGAUGGAACACAGUUGUGUUUUGUUACCGCCUCCGACAGUGCCCCCUGGUGGUGCAAAAGAAAUAAACAGAAGCGACCCGGGAGUGGCCGAAUCGGUUAGUGCGGCAGUUGAAGUGAUUAACCAGGAACGAGGUUAUGCUGACAUUAUAAUACGACAGACACUCGGAGAAGUCAUGGGUGGUACUGUACAGGUAGUGGACGGAGAGAUAUACCGACUGGAUUUCACUGUAGGGAACUCAGAAUGUAAUAACAGCAUCAUCAACAUCAACGCUACAAAAGCAAAAUGUCCACUUAUCCCGGGUAUGAAGCUACGUGAAUGUAACGCGACUGUAAUUUACAAGCACUGGGAGAUACCACGCAGUACAGUCUUAUCACACCUAUGUCAGGGACCGUCUCCUGGGGAUCAAGUUCUUAUCAACAGAACUGAUCCAGGUGUCAGUUUCUCCAUUAAUGGUGCAGUAUCAACUAUCAACAGAGACAGGGGAUACUCAAACGAAUCUUCCAGAUGGACAUUGUACAAACUGGAAGGGGGGACUGAGCAGAUUGUAGACGGUAGUGUAUAUCGACUGGCAUUUACACUGUCCAACUCGGUGUGUCCAAAUACAGAAAAGUAUAGCAAUGCCACGUCCCAGGAGUGUCCACCCAAGAGUGGGGAACAAGGACUUCCGAUCCAGAGGUGUGACUCAAAGGUACUAUAUCGUUAUUGGCUAGGCAAUCUCACAGACAUCAUGGAACACGAAUGUGAGCCACUGCCGCCACCCCCACCUCCACGUGGGGGCGAUAUACCUUACAAUAAAGACGACCCUCACGUGAUCACGGUCACAGAGUCAGCCGUCGACACUAUCAAUGAGGCCCGAGGUUAUUCCGAUAAACUUCCACGGAAAUCACUGGUAGAAAUAUUAAACGGAACAUACCAGAUGGUAGACGGAGAGCUUUAUCAUUUGAAAUUUUCCAUUGGGAUAUCUGUAUGUAAUAACAGCAAGGAAAAUGCUAACAAAACUUCAAAAGAUUGUCCCUUAAUACCUCACUCCAGACUCAGGCCCACUGCAUGCGCUGCACAGGUUAUAUACAAACCUUGGGAAUCUUUUAUACAAGUUGUUAACUGGACAUGCGAUAAAUCCAUAAAUAUACGAAAAGACCUCACCGCUCAGUCAACAUACGUGAAAAUGUCUGGAGAUUUCGCAGCAAACGAAAUCAACAAGAAAAACGGAUUUUCUUGCUGCACAUAUAAAUAUGUGGUUGCCGACAUACUCAAUCCUACUUCAACGCUGACUGGAAAGGUCGAAUCCAUGCAUAUGACACUGAGUUUGGGGAGAUCGUUUUGCACCAACAAUGAGCUGAAUAAAGACCGAACAACGGACAGCUGCCCGUUACAACCAGGUCUUCCAAUAACAGCAUGUGACGUCACAGUGUUGAUACACAAUGGACAAGACCUCUCAAUGGGCACAUACAGCUGUCGCGGUGGCGAUAUGGCAACGGCUUCUCCGAUGAUUGGUUGACGGUUCUGGUUGAUUUGAAUUUUUAAAUGUAUCUUUGUUGCCAUAUCAAAUGAUAUGUCGGCAAAAUUUAAGAGAUCAUUAUAAACUAAUCCAUGAUCCUCGAGACAAACAACCAACACAAAAUGAAAUAGAUACAUAAAAACACAUUAGUUUGAUUAAUACAAUUACGUCCAUGACAUGAACAUGAAACAAUAUUCGCUACAUGUAUGUUGAGCAAACAUAUGUUAAUAUCAUGGAAUAAACACAAUGAAAAAAGCAA